UUUGCAGGGAGUUAGUUUAUUUGACAGUGUGAUGAGUCGCUUUGUCACCAGCCGGGUGCUGCCCAGACGCCGGUCCCGGAUGAGCCCAAAACACUUGACGUAAACUUAUGGCAAAGUCUGGAUCAGGCCAGAUUAAACCUUUACGGCGGGAUUAAUAAUAAAGGCGCUCCUCGGAGGCGUUAGGAAGCAGAUCGUCUCGCUUUAUAUGCUCAUGUCAAGCUUAACGUUACUAGUUUCUGUCGUGUGCUAGCAUUUGUCAAAACUCAACGGUUUGAGAUCUGUAGUGUCCAAGUCGUUUCUGAAGAAGCUAAUUUUCAGUUUACGGGUGGUGAUUUCUCUUUAGUUAUGCUAUGUGUCAGGAAACUGAUUCCUGAUGUCUGUUUCUGAUGGGAUCUCACGGCUGACUGACAUCCAGCACUUUUGAGAGGCUCAUGUGGUCUUCAAUCCUCAGCGAAGUGUCCACACGCUCCAGCUCCAAAUUGCCUUCUGGGAAAAAUAUACUGCUUUUUGGGGAGGAUGGUUCAGGAAAGACAACACUUAUGACAAAACUUCAAGGAGCUGAGCACAGUAAGAAAGGGAGAGGGCUGGAAUACUUGUACCUGAAUGUCCAGGAUGAAGACAGAGAUGAUUUGACUCGCUGUGGCGUGUGGAUCCUGGAUGGAGACCUGUACCACAAAGGCUUGCUGAAGUUUGCAGUGACUGCUGAGUCCCUGAAGGACAGUCUAGCUGUGUUCGUGGUGGACAUGUCACGUCCUUGGACCAUCAUGGAGUCUUUGCAGAAGUGGACGAGUGUGCUGCGUGAGCAUGUGGACAAACUCAAGAUCCCACCUGAGGAAAUGAAAGAGAUGGAGCAGAGGAUGGUUAAGGCCUUUCAGGAGUAUGCAGAACCAGAGGAAUCCACGCCGAGCUCACCCCAGAGACGAGCUCCAGCGGCUGGGGGAGAAGAUGAGAGUGUGCUGCUGCCCCUGGGAGACAACGUCCUCACACACAACCUGGGCAUUCCAGUGCUCAUAGUUUGCACAAAGUGUGAUGCUGUCAGUGUACUGGAGAAGGAGCACGACUACAAGGAGGAGCAUUUUGACUUCAUUCAGUCACACAUCCGGCGGUUCUGUCUACAGUAUGGAGCUGGCUUGAUUUACACUUCGGUCAAAGAGGAAAAGAACAUGGACCUUCUCUACAAAUACAUGGUGCACAAAAUAUAUGACUUCCAGUUUACUACGCCUGCCUUAGUAGUGGAGAAGGACGCUGUGUUCAUUCCAUCCGGAUGGGACAACGACAAGAAAAUUGCCAUCCUGCAUGAAAACUUCACAACGGUUCGACCUGAGGAUCCCUUUGAGGACUUUAUAACCAAACCUCCUGUACGAAAGUUGGUGCAUGACAAGGAAAUCAGUGCAGAGGAUGAGCAGGUCUUCCUCAUGAAGCAGCAGUCAUUGUUAGCCAAGCAGCCGGCCACACCAACAAGAGGAACAGAGUCUCCUGCCCGGACUACAUCUGGUUCCCCCCGACCGACAGGCCGGACCGGGCCCACCAAUGUGGCUAGUGUCUCACCCAUGACUGCAGUGAAGAAACCAGACCCCAACAUGAAAGGAGCAGCAGCGAAUGAAGGAGUGCUGGCCAACUUCUUCAACAGUCUGCUGAGUAAAAAGACGGGUGCGCCGGGCAGUCCUGGGACGCCAGGGGCAGCAGCAGGAGCAGGCGUACAAGGCUCUGCCAAGAAAACAGGGCAGAAGCCGGGUUUGACUGACGUUCAGGCGGAACUGGACCGAAUGACUCGUAAACCCGACUCAAUGGUAACGGCCAACAACACCCCUGUGACAGAGAACGAGGCAUGAGAGCGCCAACAACAUUGUCCACUCUGGAAAUCAACAUGUAAUGACAUAAAGGAGAAAAAAAAAGCUAUUCAUGACCAAAAUUCCCCCACCUUGUGUGUCAAUCAGCAAACAGCCCAUGGUUUACCAAAAGUGUUGGGAUUCUAUCAGAUAUAUAGGCUCUGAUGUUGUGGGGGAAAGAGAGAUGCAACUGCUUUUCUUUGUUUUCAUGUCCAGACCCCUUUCUAUGUUCGUUUGUUUGUGGUGAUUAAUUUUUGGUGUGGCAUAUGGCAGGUCAGGUAAUGGGUGCUCUCUCCUUAAGGAGGCAGUCAAACUUCUAAAGUGCGGGGCCUUGCUUAGCUUGGGGAACCUUAAACAGCACUCAUUCCCCUCCUCCUGACGAGAGCAGAAACGCACUGCUGCAUUCCACGAGCAGUCGCUUCAAGUUUUGCAAUCAGCUACUACUGCUAAAAUCCUAAAUAUAUUUUAAAACAAGAAGUACUUGCAAAAAGUAUAUAGUGUGUACAAACAUAGUAUCAUUUAUGCUGAUGUAUUUAUAAAAAAAAAAAAAAAAAAGAAAGCAAAUCAAGCUUUUAUUUUCUUUCUGUGUUUUAUCAGUGAGACGUUAAGCUUCCCUUAACAUGGUUAACGUCACUGAUGUCAUGACACUAAUGACAAAUACCCAUUGGACUUCAGCAUACAUGAAUGGCAGACGCUGUCAACCGCCACUUUAAAUUAUGUAAAUAUGCACUAAAUAUUUGCUAUACAAGCUUUGAUUUGAUUUUGUAUAAAAUUGAAUUAUUUUAACAAUUUAUGAAGAACUAUUUCAGAUGAAAACAAGCAUUGAUGAGUAUCAGGCUGGACGUUUUCUUUUGGCUAUGCUUGGUUUUGGAGGAGAGGAGCAGGGCAGCAUCUUUCCUAGUAUAACUCCCAAGUGCCUGUGUCAUAGUGGAGGUGCUCGUCUCCAAAAGAGGAAUUGCACUGUGGCAUCAACAGUCAAUGUCCUGCUUCAUGUAAUUUAUUUUUUUGGUUAUUUUAUUUUGAAAAUGCAUUUCUGUGGUCAUUGCUUUUUUUGUUAAAAUUACACAUUUUGCUUCAGUGGCCUAGAUCGUUUUUUUUUUUUUUGCUUGCAUAGGGAGCUCGCCUUUCUUUUGCGAAUGUCAACGUCCACAUAAAACGUGUUUCGCAUCUGAGUGGGACAUUUCGUCCCACCUCCCAGUUGGAAAAUGUGGUUUAAACCACUAGCGCCAUUCUCAUGUGGCCAAGUGAUAGACUGUACGCCGUGUCUUUUGUCAGUCCUUACAAAUGAGAUCUCAGAUUUGUUUGCUAGCACUUCUUUUUACAUAUAAUUUGAGGACUGUAUAGUGAUUCAUGUAAAACAUUCCGGUUGAUUCGUGUACCCUGCCUCAGUGCCCACUGGAAGUGAUGACUUUGCCUUCAGUGUAGCGUUCACUGUUGUCACUCCAUAUGCUCCGUCUCUUCACUCAGGGUAGGUCUGAGUCCACACAACGCCUUGUCCGUCUUCAUAGUACAUUUCUCAACAUUUUCUUCCACUACUGAUACUGUAUCAUAUUCUUGUAUCUAGAUAAUUGUUUUCAGAUUUUCUUUUCUUUCUUUUUUUUUUGGUCGCUGAAAAUAAAACUACGUUAGUUAGGUUAGCUUGACAAAUCAUCCACA